CUCGCCCUAAGUCAGGCGAAUAGUCUUUCACUCUCCCAUAAUCUUAAUGAGGACAAGCUGUAUAGAAAAUUAAUGGAUGAAAAAAUACGACUUGAGUAACACUCAAUAUUGUUAUUUACUUUAGUCAUUUUCAGUUGUAUAUCAUGAAUUGACUGAACAUGUUUGAGAUCACACUUCUGACCUUGGUUUUCAUUGUAAUGCACUUUUUUUUAUUUUUUACUAAAUAAUAGUAAGAGUAAAAACAUACCAGGGGUUCUUAACCUUUUUGACUUUGAGGACCAAUUUUUUCACUGCAGAAGGGCCUAAGGCCCACUGAAAUUAUAACACUGAAUUAGUAACCUAAUCUUAAUUUUAAUCAUAUUUAGUAAUUAUAUCUAACAUAAUUACAGUUUAACAGGAUGAUAAUAAUAAACCUUGUCUAAUUAUGUGAAAGCAUGUGUUAAUCACAAAUAAUAUCAAAGCUUAAGAGGGGCUGACUACAAAAUAAAUAGUAUUCAAAUAUACUGCAAAAGAAAAAAAGCAAUUUCCAUACAAUUACGCUGAGCUAAAAUGAAAAAUGUCUAACCACAAAAAUAAUAAUUAAUGUUUAAGUAAACUUUCAAUAAAAUUAAAGUGCAAAUGAAAAUACACCUUCACCACUCUAGUCAUAAUUUUUGCGCUCAAAAAACAUCCGCUCCAAACUUAUGUUUGUUUGAAAUUGUCAUUACUGCUACGAAAAGUGUAUUACGAUGCAAUACCGCUGGUUCCCAUACGGACUAAAGAUGAGAAGCUAAUUUUUUGGCGGUGCUUGCGGCCCAAUUAUGGAUAAGAAACACUGGACUUUACUUUAUAGAUUCAAUUAGGCUACAGCAGCACAAGUUACUUGCAUAAACAUGUCAAGUGUUAAAAAUGUAUCAACAGAUGGUGUGGCCAUCUACUUCCACCAACUCAAUGGAUAAACUCCCCAAAAUUAAAUUGUAUUGUCCAUCCAUCCAUUUCUCCCUAUUGUCCCUUUCAGAGUCGUGGGGGACGCUGGAGCCUAUGUAUUGUAAUAUAGUAAUUUCGAAAUAAAACCAAUUUCAUUUCCAUUCACUUUCCAUUCCAAACUUCCAUGGACUUUUUUUUAUCUACAGUGCCUAUUUCAGUGCUAAAAUCCCAGCAUCAUGGUUAUGUGUGCUGCAGCCUCACUAGAUGCUGCCAGAACGUGCCUUCGAGGGUGAGGGAGGGGAAUGCGCGCCUCCCUCCUGCUGCUGUGUUUUUAGUGUGCGUCACAAUUUUUGUGAGAGAGUGUUGAACAGCCACCAUCAUCAUCUUGUAGUUCAGGCAGGUGGGACCGCUUAUACUUGGUGUGGAUCAACGAUACAAAAUCCUGACCAGCAUCAUGACGCAGGGCAAGUCUGCGCUCUCCAACAAGGCCCCCGGUGACUCAUUCAGUGGACAGUCCUCAGCGUCCCCAUCUCCCCCUAGUUAUGAGGAAGCUACUGCAGGUUCAAGUGAACCUUGCUACAAUGACGUUGAGAUGCUCACAGAGUUCACUUGGGAUGAUCGGAACAUCCGACGGAUCUUCAUACGUAAGGUUUAUGCCAUCCUGAUGAUCCAGCUCUUAGUGACCUUUGCUGUUGUGUCUAUUUUCACUUUCUGUGAUCCUGUGAAGGACUACAUUCAAACAAACCCAGGAUGGUAUUGGGCCUCUUACGGAGUGUUUUUCGUGACAUAUUUGACUUUGUCUUGCUGCUCUGCACCGAGGAGACAGUUUCCAUGGAAUUUGAUCCUGCUCACCAUCUUUACACUUGCUCUAUCCUACAUGACAGGGAUGUUGUCCAGCUUCUACAACACCAAGUCAGUGGUUAUGUGUUUGGGCAUCACAACUGCCGUCUGUCUCCUGGUCACAAUCUUGAGUUUCCAAACUAAGGUUGACGUGACAUCAUAUCAAGGUGUGCUCCUCAUCUUCUGUAUUGUCAUGUUUAUCUCUGGACUGGUGCUUGCUGCGGUUCUUCCAUUUAAAUAUGUACCUUGGUUGGAUACCACCUAUGCCGUUUUGGGAGCCAUAUUGUUCACGAUGUUUUUGGCAUUUGACACCCAGCUGCUCAUGGGGAACAAGCGCUACACCAUCAGCCCAGAAGAGUAUAUUUUUGCUACACUCAGCAUCUACCUGGACGUAGUCUAUAUAUUCUCAUUCUUCCUCCAGAUUUUUGGAACAAAACGAGAGUAAAAUGUAAAAAAAGGCACACAUAAAAAAUAAUGGUAAAGUAUAUCAGUAUGUAACAAUAGUCAUAGCAUUUUGAUGGACCCAGAUUUCUUGUCUAACUAAUAUUGAUACUAUUGUUAGUUGUGAGAUGUAGCUAUUGUACAACACAUCUCUCAAUAUCCGCACAAAACAAGUCUUGAAUCUCUCUUCCUCUCCAGCAUGCUUUGGACAUGUUUGGUAUGUUAGCUUGACAUCUUUGCAGUUUUCCGAUCAUAACAACAGACCUGUGUUUAUGUCUUUAGCCUGAAAUAGUCAUGUUGCAUUGCUGAUGUCAACUUCAAUCGAUCAAUCAAUAAAUGUUGAUUUAUAUAGCCCUAAAUCACUAGUGUCUCAAAGGGCUGCACAAACCACAACACAAACCACAUAUGAGGUAUUUGAGCUACUCAGUUCAUCAGGCCAUUCCAACUGGUGGACCUGGGGUAAAAUUCGGCGCUGGAAUGACACCAUACAAAAAUAUUUUUGUUGUAUAGAGGAAGUUUGACCACUGUAAACACAUUGGCAGAUCAUUGCAUUGACAUUUUAACCUUGCUAGCAAACAAAACACUAGAGUCCAAACUUUGGCACCCCUUUAAGUCAUCUCCUUUUUGGUAGUCACGCAAUUUUUUGGCAAUGUGAUUUAUGUAACAAAAGGGUUGCUGUAGCUUGUUAACUUCAGACGUAGUCAGUAAUCAUUUGUUCAACUUUUGCAGUUAUACUAGUAGUGUUCCUAGAGUGCUGUCAUAGAGAUGAUCUUUGACUAGUUUUCUUUGCAGAAAGUCCUUAAAAACAGCAGAGCACACUUGUACCUGGCAAAAAACAAACGGAAAUCAAAUGUCUACUGUAGUUCUGGUUCUCCAGAUUAUACAAAAUAAAAAUAAUGGUGAAGGGAGAAGUCACCUCCACCCUAGUCCUUAGCUUGCUGUAAAUGCGGCCCCCAAAACAAUGUAGUUGAAUAUCCCUGCAUUGCAUCAUGCAUGACACACAAAUAAGACUGCACCAAUACAAUUGUUUGAUCAUUGCACUGAGGAUGAAAGAAGUAAUGGUUUGAAGCGAAUAGUGAUUUACAGGUUGUUUUGAAUUUGGAAAUAUUGUACAGUAAGUAUCAAUGUUUUAUAAUUUCAUUAAUUGUCCCGAGUUGUGUUGUUUAAGUUUAGUCUGUUGUGGGCAUUACGACAGUGCCACUCUCAAAGACUUACAUUUUUAGAAGGGGCUGAUGCUCUAUAUUUAUGAUAUUCGAAGUUUAUUUUUCUAUGUCAGAACAGUAUAUUUCAGGCAGUGUGAGUGCAGAGCAUGACAUGUAUUUGUAAGUUAAGUGGCAUUGGAAUGCACAGAAUGUUGAUGCAGUGUAAAUAAGUGUGAACACUCACUUUGCAUUUCAUUGUAGUGUUAUAUGGUACGAUAAUAAAGAGUGAAUGUGUGCGAAUAUGUCGAUCAACGAUAGAAAUAUAGUUCUUCCUCAAACACAUAAAAGCAUAAACUAUUCAAAAAUUACGCAUCCAUAAGUAAACAUUGAUUGAUUGAUUUGUAUAGUUUACUGUGAGUCAGUGUAUUCUAGUUGUAAGUCCAAAAUGUGAGGUGGACUUGCUUGUUGAUGCUUCAGUCCACACCUUUUCAGUCAAAUAAAAAUGGCAAAUUCUGUUUUGUUUUUGAACACAUAAUAAAACAAUGUUGUUUAUUGA